AUGACUUCCGAAAAUGUUCCUCCUGCAGGUGGUGUUGAAGCCAAAGUUGUUGGGCAGUUAGAGUAUUAUUUCGGUAACAUAAAUCUUCCGCGUGAUAAGUUCUUGCAGGAACAAAUGAAAAUUGACGGAGGAUGGGUUCCUAUUGAAACUUUAUUGACUUUCAAUCGUUUGGCCGCUAUCAGCACAGAAGUAGAGGUGAUUGCUAAGGCUGUUAAGGCUGCUGAUUCAGAAAUCAUAUCAGUGUCCGAAGAUGGUCUUAAAAUCAGAAGAAAUGUUGGAAACCCCCUUCCAGAAAAUUCAUUAGAGUAUUGGCAAACAAUCAAGCAUUCCACCGUUUAUAUGAAAGGGUUCCCCCAAGAGACAACUCUUGAUCAAAUAAUGGAGUUUGCGAAAAAAUACGGCAGUGUCGAUAAUGUUUUGAUGAGGAGAACUAAGCCAGACAGAAUCUUCAAGGGAUCUUGCUUCAUCACCUACAAGUCCCGUGAAGAAGCUGAAGUUGCUCAAAAAAGUGAAGAUAAGUUCAAUGAUAUCGAAUUGUCGAAAAUGAUGCAAGAUGACUAUUGGACCAUGAAGAACAAAGAAACUAAGGAGAAAAAAGCAGCUGAGAAGUUGGCAAAGUCUUCGAAGAAGGUUGCAGAUGAAAAUGAAACUGAGAAAGCUCAGUCUGCCCCUCACUUCACCAAAGGAUUAAUUCUUCAAAUUGAAGGACUAGGAGAAGAUUCAAAGUUCGGUGAACUGAAAGACUUCUUCUCGAAGUUUGGUGAUGUUGGAUACGUAGCUCAUAAGAAUGGAGACCCUAAAGCUGAAAUUAGGUUUUCCGGCGAAGAGAAUGCUGCUCAGGUAGCUUGGGAUAAAACCAAAGAAGCUGGUGAAGAAGGCAAAGUUCUCUACCAAGAAAAAGAAAUCACAGGAAAGGUCCUGGAGGGUGAAGAGGAAGAAAAAUACUGGGAAAAUUUCCAUACAAGCAAGCAGAACAAGUUUGAUAACAACAGACGGGGUAGAGGUGGACGUGGUGGAAGAGGUGGACGCGGAGGAAGUUUUAGAGGUGGACGUGGAGGAAGACGUGAUUUCAAAGGAAAGAGAGGACUUGUUGAUGAAACUGGAGCCCCCGUUCAGAAUAAACGUAUAGUAUUUGAAGAUGAAGAUGGGAACCCCAAAGCCGAAUAA